AUGCCACCCAAGACCAUAGUUCACCUCGUCCGCCACGCCCAGGGGCACCACAACCUCUGCGCAGCCAACCACGCCCUGCCCGACCCAUCCCUCACCCCCCUCGGCGAAUCCCAAUGUUCUGCUCUCCGGGACUCCUUCCCUUACCACGACAAAAUCACCCACCUCGUGGCCUCGCCCAUGCGCCGCACACUUUAUACGUGCUUGUUGAGUUUCCAACCUGCUGUUGAGCGUUUGGCCAAGGGAAAGAACGGAAAAGGGGUGGUGAUAGCCCUACCCGAAGUACAGGAGGUGUCGAACUUGCCGUGUGAUGUGGGAAGUAGCCCGGAAAAGUUGCACGAGGAGUUUGACCCCGCUGGGGCACUGGUGGGUUUGGACCUGGUAAAGGAGGGGUGGCAGGAUAAGGAGAGCGAGGCAAGUCCGUGGAGGCCGGAUAUGGAAAAGCUCAAAAAAAGGGCGGAGAGGGCUAGGAGGUGGUUGUUUGAGUUGGCUCAGUCGUACCCCUCUUCUUCUUCGGGGGUUGCUGCUGGCGCUGCUGGCGCUAACGCUGGGGCAGAAUCGCAGGCCGAUGGCAACAACGGAGAGGAACAGGAGCAGCAAGAAAAGCACAUCGUAGUGGUAACCCACGGCGGCUUUCUACAUUUCCUGACGCAAGACUUUGACGGGAUGGAUUUGAACAAGGGCACGGGGUGGGAGAAUACCGAGUGGAGGAGUUAUGAACUUGUUGCUGAGGCUAAGAGGGAGGAGGAAGAAGACAGAAAUGGGGAUAGGGAGGUGCAGGUUGAUGUGAGACUCAAGGAGACAGAGGAGAGCUGGGCCAAGAGAAAGGGGGACGCGAAACCGCUAACGGAGACGGAACAGUUAGAGUUGAUGGCGGCUGUUGAUGAGCGGUUGAGGCAGGAGUUUGGGGAUGGGGUGAGGAGGGUCGGGGGGAAGAGGGAGGGGGGUGAGAGGGUUGAUGUUUAG